CUCAAAGAAGAACCUUCGUUUUUACGCCGUCGUCGCUUCUUCAACUGUAUCACAGAUGCUUAAUGGAGCAGAGCGAGAAUUAACAGCCCGUAUUUAAAGAGGAAGAAGUCAUCUGGAAACACAAUCCUGACUAAAAAGCGUGGUAAUUAUUAUUAUUUUUUCUUUCUUUCUUUCAAUAGGAAGUACCUACUGGUCAAACAGAUGGUAAACAAAGAGUAAGUACAAAAGAGUACCACGGGGACAGUUGAACAUAUCAAAAAUGACCUCCCCAUAUUCAACAUACCCCAUAUUUUUCGGAGUAUAAGCAGUGGUCUAAUCCUGUAAGGAAGGCAGGAAGGAUAUGUUCAGAACCGAACCAGACAGUUAUAGAGGUGCAAAUGACAGACUCAAUAAUUCCGCUGUAGAAUUGGAUCAGCAGCUCCUUGGCAGAGGGCAGGACAAGAAGCAAUGGAGGAAUUUCCUGACAGUAACUUCUCUCUCGCAAAAGCUCCCCGAAAUUUAUCCAUCAUGCCGACGGUGGGCAGGUGUGUUGCGGUGCUUCUGCUAACCUGGGCUAUGUGCGCGGCUGCUCCGCCGGGAGAAGAUAACUUUUCUGCACAGACCAGCAGGGAGCAACUCAAAGCUCAGAAAAGCCUCGUCCUGAAGAUGCUAGCGGGGCUCCUCAACAGCGUCGACGCAGACCGCGACGCCUUCGCCGAUUUCGAAGAUCCGCCGGGACGCAAACUGGAGGACGAGCCCUUGACGCUGGGGCAGUCGCCGCACCUCAGCCCGCGAGACCGCAAAACUCCGUGCAAAAACUUCUUUUGGAAAACUUUCACGGCCUGCUAA